AUGGGGAAGAGGACUCGAAUCCCUACACAGAAGGCGAUCGAAGCUCAGGAAGGUGGAAAAAAAGGGGAUACACAGAUGAAGAUGAAGGACAACCAGAAGAAACUAGGUGCGAAGGGUGUAAACACUGCGGGAACACCGUCUACAGUUGCGACAAUGGCAAUCGUAGGUGAGGAGUCGAAUGAAGUUGAACUACCAUCCCAAUUGGAAAUUGAUGAAGCGAUUGUGGUUGGAAGUGGGGAAACAGGGGCGGAGGCAACGAGGGAGACGACGACUCCACCAAUGAAGAAAGUAGGGUCCCAAACAAUUAUGCAGGAAUGGGAGGAAGCAAUGCAAAUGUCGAACAACACUGGAAGGCAAUCAUGGGCGGAUGAGGUAGACGCGGCAGUAGAGAUGAGGGGAAAAGGCUCAAUUUGGGACAAUUUCGACAUAUCCAAAAUAUCCAAUGCUGGGUUUAAACUCGAUUUUGUGUCGCCACUCAAGGAAGGUGAGUCUCACGUAUGCGAAAUUGAAAUUGAGGAUAUAACAUCAAAAAUUGCUUAUUGGAGGAAUGCGGUCGUAUGCUAUGUACUGGGAGCUCAUCCCCCUUUCGCUGUGAUGAGAGGAUACAUACAGAGACAGUGGGGGAAACACGGAAUUAACAAAAUCUCAAUGAUGAAAAAUGGUAUAGUCUUGGUGCGAUUUGAUAACCUGGAAGGGAAGAAUGAGGUGUUACAAGGCGGGAUAUAUCACUUUGACAAUAAACCUUUCAUUGUAAAAGCUUGGAAUGAGGAUAUGGAGUUCACUCGAGAGGAGCUGUAUACAGUACCAAUUUGGGUGACAUUUCUAGGGUUGGACUUCAAGUACUGGGGUCCUAAAGGGUUAAGUAAAAUUGGAAGUCUCAUUGGCAAACCUUUGAUGGCAGAUAAGAACACUGAAAAGAAGAUUGGGUUGAAUUUUGCGAGACUUCUGAUUGAGGUAGAUGUGGACACACCGUUGCCGGAUAAGGUGUAUUUUAGGAAUGAGAAGGGCAACAUCAUCGAGUAG